CCAGGGGUCCUCAUAGGAUUUCCAUGGGUUGCCCAGCAAAUUAUGCGAUGUUCUGGCACGGUGCUCUACUAAUAUGAAGAAGAAGAAGGAAAAAAAAACACACUGUAAAAUGACCUACACGCAUCUCGUCUUCAACUCAGAGGAGCCGGACGGGAAAAGCUGGUGGGAAGGUCGCGGAGCUUAUCUCAGGAAACACGCUACUAAAUUCCUCACAGAGCAGCUCCAGCAACUAUCCGUAAAGUCAGCUGUGGCACUAACUCGUGGGUAUUUGCGGGGACGUGGAAUUCCUGUCUGUGGCCCAGAGGCACUUACUGACCAACCAUGAGCAACUUUUACCUGCAGCAGCACCCACCAGCACCACUGAGAUGUACCUAGGAAAAGUGAUACGUGGAUGACAGUCUGAGACAAGACACCCUUACACAGAGUCAAAAAGAAACUCCUAUAAGCUUUUACACACAAGAAGAGAAUCACAAUGCUGAUGCCAGGACCACUGUUGGUGUGCCUGGCUCUGAUGUGGGUGGGAAACUGCUGUGCCCACAGCCUGUUUACGUGCGAGCCCAUCAGAGUGCAUCGGUGCUGGACAAUGUCCUACAACAUGACCUUCUUCCCCAACAUGAUGGGCCACUAUGACCAGGAUAUCGCACACAGUCACAUGGAGCCAUUCAUGCCCCUGAUAAAACUGAAGUGCUCUCCAGAUGUCCACCAAUUCCUGUGCCAAGUCUUUAUCCCAGCAUGCACUGAGGCGAACAAAGUGAUCCACCCAUGCAGGGAGCAGUGCAAGGCUGUUCAGGCUGACUGUGAGAAGAAUAUCCACACCUUUGGUGUCCCCUGGUCUCCUGAAAUGUGUGAAAAAUUGGACCCUUGUAGAGCAGAUGGUUCUGGAGUCCCUUCAACCACCCCAGCGAUCUCCUCAUCAGCUAAGAGAGAGCUUGGCUUCUGGUGCCCACUGCAGCUAAAGACCAAGCCAGGUCAUGGCUCAUCGUUCCUGGGCGCCCAGGACUGCGCUCCACCUUGUUCCAACAUGUACUUCAAACCCCACGACAUAGAAUUUGCAAAGAGCUUCAUCGGCGUGUGCUCCAUCAUCUGCCUGGGCGCAACACUCUUUACCUUCCUCACGUUCCUUAUUGACGUCAAACGCUUCCGCUACCCAGAGCGCCCCAUAAUCUUCUAUGCUGUCUGCUACAGCUUUGUCUCGCUCAUAUACUUUAUCGGCUUCCUGUUGGGGAACAAUGCAGCCUGUAUCAAAGCGGCUCAUCCUUCCGGUGUUGACACAGUAGUGCUGGGCUCUCAGAGCAAAGGCUGCACUUUGCUUUUUAUGCUCCUCUACUUCUUCUCCAUCGCCGGUAUCGUCUGGUGGGUUAUACUCACCAUCACCUGGUUCCUGGCAGCUGGCCCCAAGUGGAGCUGUGAGGCCAUUGAGAAGAAAGCGGUGUGGUUCCACUCUGCUGCCUGGGGGAUCCCCGGGGCACUCACUGUCAUGCUGCUGGCUCUGAACAAAGUUGAAGGAGACAACAUCAGUGGUGUUUGUUUUGUGGGUCUCUACGACCUGGAUGCGCUGCGCUACUUUGUCCUUGCUCCGCUGUGUGUGGGCGUGAUAGUCGGCCUUUUCCUCAUCCUGGCGGGUAUCGUUUCUCUGAACCACGUCCGACAGGUCAUCCAGCACGACGAGCGCAACCAAGAGAAGCUGAAGAAAUUCAUGAUCCGCAUCGGUGUGUUCAGCUGCCUCUACCUGGUCCCACUGGUCACCCUGUUAGCCUGCUACACCUACGAACAGAGUCACCGCAGCAGCUGGGAGAAUACCUGGAUCAACGACCGCUGUCAGGAGUACAGCAUCCCCUGCUUAUACAAGACUACAGAGCACGAACGUCCUGACCUCUCCCUGUUUCUGGUAAAGUACUUGAUGACACUGGUGGUCGGAAUAUCUGCGGUGUUCUGGGUCAGUAGCAAGAAGACCUGCUCUGAGUGGGCCUACUUUUUCAACAGGACCCGCAACAGAGAUCCCAUCAGUGAGAGCCGCCGGGUGCUCCAGGAGUCCUGCGAGUUUUUCCUCAAGCACAACAACCGUGUCCAGCACAAGAAGAAGCACUACAAACCCAGCUCCCACAAACUCAAGGUCAUCUCCAAGUCCAUGGGAACAAGUACUGGUGUCGCACACACCACUGCUUCCACUACCAGCAAUCAAGGCACCUCUGUUCUGGCCAACCAUGAGCCCCACAUGCAAGGUUCACUGUCUGAGACCUCAGCCAAGGAGCACCUGGACCGAGGCGCCUCCACCCGAAGCUCUAGGAGAGGGGAGAGGGAGAGGGAGAGGGAGAUGGGAGAGAGACGCAGCAAAGGGGGGGGCUCCAGUAAAGUCAGCAGUCGCUCAGAGAGCUUGCAUAGAGUUGCAGAUGGGAGGGUGACUCCAAGAAGUGAGCUGUCAGAGAUCAGGCAAGUUCCCUGUGAAAAGCAGCAGCUUUUAGCUUUAAACCUACCACACACCAGCAGCCUCCAAGACUCCAGCCACCAGAUGGUGCUCCAGGUGCCUGAGGAGAGCAAGGACCCAAAGGACAGCAACUGCUGAAAUAUCUGACCUCCCAAAUUUCUCUGCUCAUCCAUCCAUACCUCCAUCCAUCCAUCCUUAACACCAGUCAGCCGAGAGUCAUGCUCAAUGCUGGUUGCUGUUCCCAUUGUGGGACAGUAUUGAUUACACUGGAGUAAAUGAAUGGUCUUUCCAGCAGAAAUGGAACAAAACUUGUAUUUCAAAUGUGGUAUGUUGGACCAGGUUCUGUGGAUUAGCCCACGUUUAGGUGUGUUUGAUGAUUUUGUUUAAGUGAUGACUUUGUCUUCCAGCUUUACUCAGUGUUUGGCCUUAAUGUUGCAGCAGCACAGCUACGUGCAUUAGGUCUACCGUUUUAGAGCUUGUUAGUUCAAUGGCAUAUAUGCAUGCUAGUAAAGAAUUGCAAUAUUUUUGUAAAUAUUCUCUUUUUAUAUCUUAGAUAUUAAGUCUUUCACUGGACUAGUCGCUACACUGAGAUUUUAAUUACUAAGGUCAAAAUAUUGCCAAACAUUCAAUCCUAGGAAAGUCUUCCUGUGGUAAAGUGUCUUUAAAUGUCCUGCUGUUCCUAAAACCUCAUCCUGUAAAACACACUAUGUGCCACUCCUUUGAGGCAUACUCUUAAACUUGUUAUAGUUGAUUUUUAGAGAACUUGUGAUUUUUAUUUUGAAAACUUUUCUUAAAAAGUGCGUAUAUUUUUUUAAUUUUCUGGUAAUUUCUUACAUGUUUCUGUUGGAAAAGUGCGUGUUGUGCUGAAGUGUCUUCACAGCUGUGAAUUUUGGUGAAGUACAGCUUUGUAGACUUCUAAAAGAAUGUAGCUCAAAAAAACUCUACAGAUUAAAUGUCUGUGGGGCUGUCGUGAUAUCAGAGUUUCACUUCAUUAUUAUUGUGGUCAGAAAAAUGUAUCUGACUGGUAGUAUUGAUGCUACCAGUCAGGUUCAGUUUUACUUUUGAUUACUGUGUUUUCUUUUGGGAUAUUAAUUAAAGAGCAACUUUCAAGUUAAAUUUUUUUCACUUAAUUGGUCAUUGGAUCAAAUGAUUGAAAAUCUAAUGCACAAGUUUUUUUGAGACAAAGGCAGAAGUUCAGAUAAGAAAGUGUGCGUUUAAACUGAAAACACAAGUGCAUGAAUGGGAGAGUCUGUAUUAUUACUGUACAAAAAGCAUUAAAAAAGAAUAUUGAUAUUUCUGCUAUCAGGGUUAUACAGAUAUCAUGAUACCCCUACAGGUGUGGUAGUGAAAUAUUAGACACUUUGUAUCAAAUCGAGGAAACAAAAUAUUUUUUGCACUUUUUGUCAUUAGAAGCAGGAACCACUAAUUACUAAGUUGUCAUAAAUAAAUAGAAAGAGCAGAUUUGUUGGGGGGGGGGGGGGUAUUUAUAAAAAUAAAUACAUAAAUAUUGAUCAUAUAUCACAUAGAGCAUCUCUACAUCAAGUACCUC